AUGGAAGCAAUUGCUAGAGCCACAACAGUGCCAUGGUUUCAUGCAGAGAUGACAAAGAUGUUGCAGUUGUCUAAACCUGCACAUGAUUGGCUCAUAGAGAAAGAUCCUAGGCAUUGGAGUAGGGCAUAUUUCAAGAGUGAUUCCAAGUGUGACAUGCUUAUGAACAAUCUAUGUGAGGCAUUCAACCGUAGCAUAAUGGAUGCCCGAGACAAGCCUAUUCUGACUAUGCUAGAAAGAAUUCGGUUGUAUAUAAUGUUGUUGAUGGCGGGAAGAAAGGUUCUCUGUGAGAAAUGGCAUGGACAAGUUGGGCCAAGAAUUAGAAAGAUAUUAGAGAAAAACAAAGGAAAAGCUCAGUGGUGCAUUCCUAAGGCUGCUGGACAGAAUCAGUUUGAAGACUUUUGUGAUGCAGUGUACAAGAAAGAGGCUUAUUUGAGAGCCUAUGAACCAAUGAUUAUGCCUAUGACUAGCCAAGAUCAGUGGAUGAAGGUUAAUUUACCUCCAUUACUCCCUCCGAAAUACCACAAGCAGCCUGGUAGGCCUAAGAAGACAGAAAACAAGCUGUUGAAGAACCUAAAACAACCUGCUAAUCCAUAUAAGCUUCCUAGGUAUGGCAUCCCUUUAAAGUGUGGCAAUUGCGGUGGAGAAGGGCAUAAUCGAAGUAGUUGUAAGGAACCUAGAAAUCCCAACAUAAAGCCUACUAGGAAGAGGAACAUUGCCAAGGACAAACUUGCAGUAAGAAGGAGAGAUGGUGGAGACCAAAGUAGCGGACAACAGAGUAUGCAAUUAAGGCAAAGGAAAACACUCAAGCACUUCCCAAGGGCCUUCUCAAUCCCAGGCAUCUCAAGUAGCUGCGCUUCUCUAUCCCAACCAUCUGAAGCAGCUGAUGCUUUUCAAUCUCAGCCAUUUGAAGUAGCUUAG